ACAGAGGCCAUUAAACGGUUUAAAGAAUACGCCCCUGCAAGCGUGAAGGAAAGUAUUAGGCGCAACAACCUAAGGAAAAUCUCAGAGAUCCUUACACAACUAGAAACAGACGAAUUCCGGGAUACAGUCAAAGUACCAGCGUUGGAGAUUGCUGAUAACGGGCACUACAGGUACAUCACGGAGUACCCCUCGAUUCCAAUCCAUUCAGGGAGCUCUCUACCGCCCGAACUGUACGGGGAGCAAAUGCCACCUCAGCCGAGAUACCAAUACCAACAAAAUCGGUCGUACAGUCAGUCAUAUAAUCAGUCAAAUACCCCGACACCAUCGUCAAGCUACGGUCACCGAAACUAUUCCGGACAGAGGAGAAAUCAGGACCCUUCACGAGAUCUAGUCACCGCUCUCCUCAAUGAAUAUCUGCCAUCCCACCGGAACAGGCAAGGCGACGGGUACAGACAAACGCCACCUCGACCACCGGGGCCCCCUCCAUCUAUACCAGGAUACACAGCUCAUCCUGGUGACCCCCCUUCGUGCAGCUUUAACCCCGUCAUCGCCUACGGUCAAACUCCGAACGACGAGGAUGAAUCCGACUAUGAGGAACCAGCGGGAACUGCAGAAAACCCUACCACGGAUCAGAUUCUAGCCCUCGCUAACAUCUUGGCAGCCAACCAACGUCCUCAUGCAGCCCCCUUCAAACCUAAACAGAACCUUUCCGAUAUGGACGAGAUCAAAAGUAUGCUGCAGCAGACCACAGCCUCACUCCAACAGCUUGUGACGAGUUUGAAUAACCUGCAGACUCAGAAUCGUCCAUCGUCAGACUCCAGACCACUCUCUAGGCCUCCCUCAAGAGAACGAGAAGGGAGAAAUACCCUGCGGAGUCCCACGAGAACUCAGCAGAACAGAGCCAGCCCAUCCACAGAGGGAACAAUUCCAAAGGAGACUUUAAACGAGAUUGUUGCUCGCCAAUUGAGUGCGAUGACGAGCGGCCAAAACCAGCACUCACUCCACACGAUGUCGAGCAUGCAUCCCAGACAGUAA